UAUUAGUAUUGGUAAGCGCGAAAAGCCGUCGCCCGUUCGUUCUCAUCUUCUUUUCUGAUAAAGCUGCUGUUUUGGUGCAAUUAUUGCCGCACAUAAAAAUUCGUGAGGGAAUCAACGGCUGUCCGAACAUCAAGCACAAUCACUAACCGAGCCAACAACCGAGAUUGGGCGACAGCAAGGCGACCGGCAAGAGUGCAUCGAGCUGAAUAUUAUCGUUUGUCACCUGCGUGCGUGCGUGCGAGUGUGUGUGUUGCGGUGUUGGUGUGUGGGUGUGUGUUAGUGCUUUGUUCGGCUGCGAGGCAAGGAAAUGGCCAAGAAAACCUACGAUUUGCUCUUCAAGCUGUUGCUGAUCGGCGACUCGGGAGUGGGGAAGACAUGCAUUCUGUUCCGCUUCUCCGAUGAUGCCUUCACCUCCACAUUCAUAUCGACCAUAGGCAUCGAUUUCAAAAUCAAAACAGUGGAGCUGCAGGGCAAGAAGAUCAAGCUUCAAAUAUGGGACACCGCCGGCCAGGAGCGAUUCCACACGAUAACCACGUCCUACUACCGCGGCGCCAUGGGCAUAAUGCUCGUCUAUGACAUAACGAACGAGAAGAGCUUCGAGAACAUAGUCAAAUGGCUGCGGAACAUAGACGAGCACGCCAACGAAGACGUGGAGAAGAUGAUCCUGGGCAACAAGUGCGACAUGACCGACAAGCGGGUGGUCAACAAGGAGCGCGGCGAAGCGAUUGCCCGGGAACAUGGAAUCCGAUUUAUGGAAACAUCCGCCAAAUCAAACACAAACAUCGAGGAGGCCUUCUGCGAGCUGGCCCAGGCCAUUCUGGACAAGACGUCCGGCCGUGAGUCGGCCGAGAACCAGGAGCGGGUCAUCAUCGACCGGAGGAACAACGACAAGGCGCCGGGAUACAACAAGUGCUGUGCGUAAAAGGCCCCCCCCAUACGCUGUGGGACGGAUUGGAUUGGAUUGGAUUGGAUGGGAUGGGAUGGGAUGGGAUGGAUAUACGGGGGACAGUUUUUGAAACUGCUCCAAAAAAAAAAAGAAAAAAUACAGACAGACAGAUACACUCACACGAAGACAGACAAGACACUCAGCGACACCCGACGAUAUGAAGCAAUAAGCCCAGGCCCAGUCGCCGGAGGGAACCAUUUACUUACUAAUAACUGGAACAAGCAACAGAAACAACCUACCUAAAGUUUAACGUCGAUAUAAAAAUUAAUGUAAUACGAAUAUUUGGAAGCAACUUUACAAGAUCCAUGGAUCCAUGGUAGAAGCAGACCACAAGGCUACGUUAGUUAACGCACGCACACAGACAGACACACUUUAGAAGGAAAGCAUGGACUCCGGAGCAGAAUGCACACUGGAGAUUGAAUAAACGAAAGGGUGGAUGGGGGAGACAACCUCCUCCUCCUCAAGUUAGCUAACGCUUAGCGGACGGAAGAUCAUCGGUUCCAGAUGGCGCAGCAGACAGACACAAGCAACUUUUGUAACGCAACUUUUGAUAUAUAUAUAGUCCUAUGAUUCCUUAAGCUCAUUCGUCGAUCGUUUGUCAUUAUUGCCAUCACAAUUUCUACCUGUCUCCAACCGCCACCUACUGCGACCACGACUAGGACUAGGACUACGACUACGACUACGACUACGACUAGGACUAGGACUACGACUACGACUACGACUACGACUAGGACUAGGACUCGUCUUGUUUUGUUUUUGCCUUGCAGCCUAGAUAUACAUAAACGAAUACAUAUUAUGCAUUGGAUAGUAUCAAAUAUAUAUGUAAAGAAGCA